AUGGAACAUGAAAUAAAACAGCAAGAAGCUCCAAAACAAGAAGCAGCCGGAUUAGAUAGGCAUGGAUUUCCAGAUGACCCCCAUGCAUUUAGCAGAAGAGAUUAUCCAAUGGAUGGAGAAAGAGACAUAAUUGUUGUAAAAGAGGUUAUUGUUAUUAAAGUGGAUGAUGGAGGCAGCACAGCAGUUAAUAGCAUUAUUAUGCUUGCCAUUGUUUUUGUGGGGACGCAAAUUCUAGCAUCGGUGUGGAAGAAAUACCACUCAAAGUCAUUUAAUGUAGUUAACAUAUCUACACUUGUUUGGUUUCCAUUCAUAACUGGAGUGCUCUCAAAGUCUUAUUUUUUUAUUAUCGUCUGGCUUCUAAUUGCAUUUGCGCACUUAGUUGCAUUUAAAGAUGUUUUUAUGGGAAGAAGGCCAAAGGUGCUAUCUACUAAUGUGUACAAUAUCUAUCGAGCAAUAUUCCAAUGCAGCUUAAUUAUUUCAAUUUUAGGAUAUCUUAUGGUGACAGUUGGGUUUUUCAAAGAAAGCAGAAAACUAUACAGCAGUGGUAUUCGUUGCCUUAUGUUUGUUCUGUACUACUCUCUAAUUAUUCGUAUAGGGCUGGAUAUUGUCAGCGAGCGAGCAUCAGGAACCAUACUUCCGUCAAAAACUGCCAAAACUCAAGGAAAUCUGUGCCCAAUGUGCCAGCAAGAGCUCACGGGCAAAAAAAUUACCCUUGGCUGUAAGGAGUCAUUCCACAUUAAUUGCAUUAAAAACUGGAAAAUACUUGGUAAAAAGGACUUCUGCCCAUCCUGCAAAGAAAGGGUUGAUUUAUCAGAAAUUGAAAUGAACCCAUGGCAGAAAAACGAGUACUUAUUUACUAAAUUCCUGGACUUUACUGGAAAUCUUAUCUCAGCAUAUGCUGUGGUUCAAGGCCUUAUUCUUUUUAUGUAG